ACCCAAAAAACAAACGCAAAAAAAAACAAAAAAAAAACAUACAUACACACUCUGUAUCUAUAGUCUAUACCCAUGGCAACGGCGACGGCUACGACGGCGACGGCGACGGCGUAUCUCCCCCACCACCAAUCCUUUCUUCCACCGUCAACCACAACCACCACCAUCUUUUUUCACAAACCCACAUCCCAAAAACCCUUCAAAACCCUCUGCACAUCCCGUCCAGAAUACAUCCCACACCACAUUUCAAACCCAAAAUACGUACGGAUAUUCGACACCACUCUCCGCGACGGCGAACAGUCUCCGGGAGCCACCAUGACCACCAAAGAAAAACUCGACAUUGCUAGACAGUUAGCUAAACUGGGUGUUGAUAUAAUCGAAGCAGGUUUUCCUGCUUCUUCGGAAGCCGAUUUAGAAGCUGUUAAACUUAUAGCUAAAGAAGUUGGAAAUCAUAAAAAUGGUGAGAAUUCGGAAAAUGGGUAUUUGCCAGUUAUUUGUGGGUUGGCUAGAUGUAAUAAGAAUGACAUUGAUAAGGCUUGGGAAGCGGUGAAAUAUGCGAAAUAUCCGCGGAUACAUACGUUUAUCGCGACGAGUGAGAUACAUAUGGUUUAUAAGCUGAAAAUGAGUAAAGAGGAAGUUGUUGAGAAAGCUAGGAGUAUGGUGGCUUAUGCUAGAAGUUUGGGGUGUAAUGAUGUUGAGUUUAGUCCUGAAGAUGCUGGAAGAUCAGACAGGGAAUUUUUAUAUGAGAUAUUGGGUGAGGUAAUUAAAGCAGGUGCAACAACUCUCAACAUUCCUGAUACUGUCGGGUAUAACUGGCCUCGGGAAUUCGGUCAGCUUAUUGCGGACAUAAAAGCCAAUACCCCUGGCGUUGAGAAUGUCAUCAUUUCUACCCAUUGCCAGAAUGAUUUAGGACUUUCCACGGCGAACACUUUAGAGGGAGCUUAUAAUGGUGCAAGGCAAUUAGAAGUAACAAUAAAUGGAAUUGGAGAGAGAGCUGGUAAUGCUUCUUUAGAAGAGGUAGUAAUGACCUUAAAAUGCAAAGGAGAGUUAUUGGGUGGCCUUUACACUGGCAUCAAUACAAGACAUAUUGUAAUGGCUAGCAAGAUGGUGGAAGAAUACAGUGGAUUACAGGUGCAGCCUCACAAGGCAAUUGUUGGUGCUAAUGCUUUUGCCCAUGAAAGUGGAAUUCAUCAGGAUGGAAUGCUAAAGAACAAAAGCACAUAUGAAAUUAUGUCUCCUGAAGAUAUUGGACUCUAUCGAUCAAAUGAAUCGGGACUUACUCUUGGUAAACUCAGUGGGCGUCAUGCUUUGAAAGCAAAACUUUUCGAGCUUGGUUAUGACAUUGACGGGAAGGAACUAAACGAUUUGUUUUGGCGCUUUAAAUCUGUUGCUGAAAUGAAAAAGGUUAUAACUGAUGAUGAUUUAGUAGCAUUGGUUUCGGAUGAGGUUUUCCAGCCACAAGUUGUAUGGAAAUUUGGAGAUGUACAGGUUACAUGUGGGACGUUAGGUCUUUCUACAGCAACAGUUAAAUUAAUAGAUAGUGAUGGGAAAGAACAUAUUGCCUGUUCUACUGGAACAGGACCGGUUGAUGCUGCUUAUAAGGCGGUUGAUCUUAUUGUGAAGGUUCCUGUAAAACUGCUAGAGUACUCGAUGUCUGCAGUUACAUCAGGGAUUGAUGCGAUAGCCAGCACUCGCGUUGUAAUUGAUCCAGAAAAUGACCACACCUCAACUCAUUAUUCUGGAGAUAAAUAUGUUCGGACAUAUAGUGGAACGGGAGCAUCCAUGGAUAUUGUUAUCUCUAGUGUCAGAGCCUAUGUUGGUGCCAUUAACAAGAUGUUAGGGGUGAAGCGGCAGUCUGAUUGAAAAACACCCCAAGUUUAUAAUUUGGUAUCAAUUGUUUUUGUGUAGCAAUUAGGGUGAGUUGAUGGUUUCGUUUGACAACUGUGAAAUAAAUUUGAGAACUUGUAGUUGUGCGUUUUUGUUCAUGUUAAUGUUAAUGUCAUUGCGGUUUGCUUAAACUUUACAGAUAUUUAGAUAGUCGAAAACUAUUGUAAGAAUUUUUUUGGCCA